AUGGCCUCCAAAGAGGUCUUCGCGGGGGUCAUAGAUCACUAUAUGAGUGAGGGGCGUGGGCAUACCCGUUCGCCCUUGUCGCUGGUGCCCCGCGAGAACAUGGAAGCCUUCUACCUGCCCCUGAGCUGCUUUGACUACUCCACAGAAGGCAAGAACGACUUCCCACACCAGAGCCAGCUCCGUGCGCAUUUCUUGUCCUUCAUCAGCCAGGGCAAU